GCGAACAAAGAGCGCCGGCCGGCCGGGGCAGAGGGGCGCUGGGGCCAUGCGGGGCGGCGGCCGGAGCGCAGCCGGGCGCAUGGCCGGAGCAGCGGCCGGAGGAAGCGCAGGGAGGAGCGGCGGCGGUGGCGGCGGGCGGGCUUGAAGCGGCGCUGCCAGCUGCGGGCGACGGGCGCCCCUCUGCCCAGCCGGGAGGGGAUGGCGGUGGCGGCCGCGGCGGGGGUGAGCUACUCGCCGCCCUGGUGGGUCAGCCUCCUGCAUCGCCUGCCGCACUUCAGCCUCAGCUGGGAGGCCGCACCCGACGAGUUCCGGCCGGAGGACCCCCAGUACCAGCAGGCCCUGUUGCUGUUGGGAGCCGUCUCCUUGUUGUGCCUCGCUCUGGACCUCUUGUUCCUCCUCUUUUACUCCUUCUGGUUGUGUUGUCACCAUCGGAAGAGUGAAGAACAGCUGAAUGCGGAUUGUUGCUGCACGGCGUGGUGCGUCAUCAUUGCAACUCUAGUGUGCAGCGCUGGCAUCGCGGUGGGCUUCUACGGAAACGGGGAGACCAGCGACGGCAUCCAUCGCAUAACAUACUCCCUACGGCAUGCCAAUCGCACGGUGGCCGGUGUCCAAGACCGGGUCUACGACACGGCCUUUGCCCUGAACAAAACGGCGGAGCCCAACCUAGGAGACCUGGAGGUCAUAUUCAGCAAGCAGACACAAUACCUGCACCUGGUCCAGAAGAUCCAGGGACUCUUGGAUGACCUGGUGAGACAAACCACAGACCUUCCUUUCUGGAAGAACCAUCAGGUUUCAUUAGAAGAGUUGGCCAUUCGUAUCGACCUCUACGACUGGUACAGGUGGUUGGGCUACCUGGGCCUCCUCAUGUUCCAUGUUGUGAUUUGUCUGCUGGUGCUAUUUGGACUAAUCAGGAACUCCAAGGCCAUUCUCAUUGGCGUGUGUCUUCUCGGGGUGCUGGCCCUAACUGUCAGCUGGGCGUCCCUGGGGCUUGAACUGGCGGUAGCUGUGGGCUCCAGCGACUUUUGCAUUAGCCCCGAUGCUUACGUUUCGAGGACAGUGGAAUCUUACAGGGUGCUGAAUGCAGAUACUUUGAACUAUUACCUGGUCUGUGGCGCUGGCUACCCCAAUCCAUUUCAGCAGAAGCUGUCAGGGAGCCACAAAGCUCUGGUGGAAAUGCAGGAUGACGUUCUGGAGCUGUUGAAGUCGGCUGUGAAGGAAUAUCCUACCUCUAAGGAGCACCUCAUCCGAAUCCAAGAAGUGCUGAACUCUACGGAGGUUAACCUGCAACAUUUGACCGCUUUGGUUGACUGUCGGAGUCUUCAUUUGGAUUAUGUCCAAGCGCUGACUGGCUUCUGUUAUGAUGGUGUAGAAGGUCUCAUCUACCUGGUCCUUUUCUCCUUCGUGACGGCCCUGAUGUUCAGCUCCAUUGUGUGUAGCGUCCCACACACCUGGCAGCAGAAGAGGAGCACCGAAGACGAUGGAGAGGAAGAAUCUACAGCUCCAGGGAACCGCCAAACUCACGACAACUUGUACCGAGUCCAUAUGCCGAGCCUCUACAGUUGUGGGAGCAGCUACGGGAGCGAAAGCAGCAUCCCAGCGGCUGCUCAUACCGUCAGCAACGCGCCCGUCACGGAGUACAUGACCCAGAACGCCAAUUUCCAGAAUCCCCGUUGUGAGAACACCCCUUUGAUCGGCCGGGAAUCUCCACCUCCUUCUUUGUAUUUGGCUGCCAUGGACAGUAACAGCCAUAUCAGCUGGCAGCUUAAGCCCUCGGACAGUGCUCGGACGUACUGGUAGCCGCGCCCGCAAAAACGGAACAGUACACCUCCAGCAUGAGAGCUAAAUACCUCGCCACCAACCAGCCUCGGCCGGAUUCUGGAAGCGUGCACUGAAAACAAGGACCCCUGGAAGUGAAAAAUGGAAGGGAAUGGGCCGUCCUUGAGCUUCUGUUGUCUUCGCAGAUCUGUCCUGCUAUUUCUCCCAGGCUCCAGCUCAGUUGCAUUUCCUGCUGCUUCUCCCCCGGCUUCACCUGGCCUAUGGUCCACGUGAAGACAUCUCCGCAGAAGCUUAUUGCAGGUCUGGGCUCUUGUUCCCUCGCGGUUCUCUCUCGACAGAGAGGGGGGGGACAUCUCCACAUGCUCAUGUCCACGUGCUGAAGAGCUGCUGGUCUUCUUGUGUUCCUUCGCUGUACGAGGAAUGCACUUUUGUUGCCCCGGAAAUGAUCGAGUGGGCUCGAUCUCCUCCCUAAGGAUUCUCUCCAACCCAUCCAAAACGAUUGGAUGAACCAGAGGACUUUAUAAAACUGGAUCAUGGCGUGGAAGCGCUCUUGAUGUGGCCCCACUGAAGCUAAAGCCAUCUUUAAUGUCCACUUCGCCAUGAAGCUCAGAUAUCUCCAAGCUUUGCCUGAAGAUCUCUUGAAGCUGCCGUAGAGGGCCUCCUCGGUUCUCCUGCCUGUAUCAGUGGAUCUCCGACCUGGGAUCUCCUCAACUCCUUGGUCCCUUGCCUAUUACAACGUGGUCUGCUCAUUCAACCCUUUGCGAUUCUUGGAUACCUCUACCACAAGUUUACUCCUCUGUUUUACUCUCUGGGUUUAAAGUCCCAGCAAGAAGGAGUAGGCUUCCUGCACCAGCUUGUAUGUGCUUGGAUGUAUGUGCUUGUUGGCACACACAUACAAACACAGCCUUAUAUGAGCACACACUCCUUGUCCUCUACCCGCCCUCCUCAUCCGAAUCUGUACUUCCUGCUAGCUCUCCCCAAACAUCUUUGGAGCUGAUGUGAAGUCAUCAAACUGGAAACCGCCACUCUUUCGGUGCCAAAAUAUUUCCAGUGAAAUAUUUAAGGAGUGUUGUAGAUUGGAGGGGGGGAGGGGGCUGUGAAAUAACAAAUGUUGGGAGAAGGAUUUGACAGGUCAAGGAAAUGCCAACAAAACUUCCCAAAGAGCUUCUUCCCAAGGUGUCCUCCAAGGUUAGACUUCUCAACGCUUCUCCUUUGGGCUUCUUUGGGGAGUUGGGACGGACGAAUCCCUGGACAGGUUGAUCUUAGAUGGAGAAAGGAGGGUUGUCCCUGUCCCUGUAUCCUUAAAUCAUGAAGCAAAAAUUAAAAAAAAAUACUGUUAUAGGAAGACACUUUUGAGGUUCAGUGGUCGAAGGGGUCUCCGGAUAGAGCCUCACCUUAAUUUGAAGGCCAUCCAUGGACCAGUUGCUUCUCAAGUUGUUGACAGUCAAGGUGAGUAGCAAAUUGGGAAGAAGAACAAUGGCUGUAGGACACCUACUGGUGUUCCUGCUAUGUGAGAUGAUUAGGAUAUUGAAUAGUUCCACCCUAUCCUUAUUGAACUCUUGGGUCUUCUCCAGAUAGGCCCUGACCUUAAUUUGAAGGCCAUCCAUGGACCAGUUGCUUCUUAAGUUGUUGACAGUAGAGGUGAGCAGCAAAUUGGGAAGAAGAACAAUGGCUGUAGGACACCUACUGGUGUUUCUGCUAUGUGAGAUGAUUAGGAUAUUGAAUAGUUCCACCCUAUCCUUAUUGAUCUCUUGGGUUCUUCUCGUUUUGAAAGCACGGAGAUUUCCUUUUCGAGUUUUGCACACUUGAGAGGAGGUUUUGCUUGCUUUUGCUCUUGAGAGAUGUGCACCCACACACCCCUCCGCCAUAGUUGCUUGCUUUGAAAACCUAGAAUGUCAGCAGGUGCCGAAAUCCUUAGAUGCAGCUGGCAGAAGAAUGAGGAGACACCAAACCACUGUUAGGUCUUUCUUGAGCAUCAGGGUCAUGUAAGCCAUUGCUCAUGUCUUAAGCGCAGGAAGCCCACUCAGUCUUGUCUCUAGAUUCCCAAGUAAUGCAGAUUGUCACCCAGUAGCGUUAGGACAGGAGUCGGACCUCCAUCCAACCAUGAAGGUAUUUGUACAAAAAGAAAUGAACCCUCCAAAAUACAUCCGUUCACAGACCAACUUUUGAAGCGUGCCCUUAGAACCAAAAUUCAGCCCUCUGGAUCGUGUGCAAGAUCUUCAGAAGAACAUUCUUGGUAGCUUGGUUGGCGGAGAGCAGGAAAACAACCCCCGUCCUGCUCCGUCUUCUCCAGGCAGAAGAAAAACUUGAGUAUGAUCCUCUUGAGGAAGGGACCAGCAACAAACGUUGUAAUAAUAACCACUAUAGAAACUAACUUUCUCCUGAGAAGUCGCCAUCGCUUAGAACAGAGGUCCCCAAAGUUGGCAACUUUAAGACUUGUGGACUUCCAACUCCCAGAACUCUCUGUAGGACACUCACUGGUGCUCCUGCUAUGUGAGAUCUUUAGGAUAUUGAAUAGGUCCACCCUAUCCUUAUUGAACUCUUGGGUCUUCUCCAGAUAGGUCCUCCCCUUAAUUUGAAGGCCAUCCAUGGAUCAGUUGAAGUCCACAAGUCUUAAAGUUGCCAAGUUUGAAGGCCUCUUCGCUUAGAAGAACCUCCAGCUUGGGGUGUCCUGCACGAAUCUUAAGAUGUCCUCCGCGUUGUUCAACAAGCAGAAGACAGCCUGGUGGAGAAAGGACCAGGUUGGAGUUUGUUCGCAGGGUGAAUCUCCUCCAGGCACUCCGAACUCUGCUUGGCUUUUCAACUCCCCAAGAUCCAGAAUCAUCUCAAACUCAAACGACAGCGCACGCUUCUAUCGACGGGGGUACGAGUCAACCGGGGUGUGGGUGUCUACUCCUCCCCCCCGUACCCACCCACGUGUAAAUAUGGAUGGCUGGGGAGGCCAGGAGCACGUGAAGACCUCGUGGGGCAUGUCCGGAUGGCUCCCUUCUGGAAAACGUGAGUCUUUGCAUGGUCUCUUGUUGGCCUUCAACGAGAAGAGAGGGGCCACUUUCCUCGCUUCCUCCUUCCGUGCCAAGCAUCCGUGGCAACCAUUUCGACUGCUAAGGGCUGUUCACCGCUGGCUGUCCCUUCCUUCCGAACCAGCCUGUUCCCAAGUUCCCUCCCCUUCCUCAAUUAUUGGCUGGCAAGGGUGUUGACUUUUUGGCUGGAUCGGUGUCUUCAUCAGAGCUUCUGCACCAGCUUCUUCGGCAGAGUAGACGAACCCCACAAAAUAGUUUAUUUUCCCGUUCUCUUAGCUUUCUCUCUCUCUUUGCUUUUCCUUUUGCAAGUUAAGAACUCUCAGGACGGUGCUGUAGAUUUUUCCCAGCCACUCAGUCAGGGAGCGGGGGGAAAAAACCAUCCCUGUGGAUUUUUGGGGGGCCUACGAAAUUCAAGAUAACGUUGAGUGGCGGCUGGCUAAGACCGCUUGGCCAGAACCUUGAAGUAGCGGGACGAGAGGCUGGAGUGGAAAAGCGGAGUCUUAAAACUCUUCCUUCCUCUCCUUCCUUCCUUCCUGAGAGCCAUUUGCAAGGAAAUUGGGGGGUUUUUCCCCCCGCGAAAACCAUCACACGCCCUUUCUUUUAAAAAGAAACAAUCCUAAAGAAAAACUGGGGACCAUCUGAAGCUCCCGAGGCGCCUCUCCGCAAUGUGACAUGUACAGAGCAUGAGGAUGGACUUCUUUCCCAUCCGGUGUUGUGAAGACUGCAUUGUAACUGUUUUUGUUUUUAUUUUUUGGGGGGUUGGGGCGGGAGGGGGGAAAUCGAAUCAAGACUUGGCUGUGAAUUUAUUUUUUGUGUGUGCUGUUCCAAAAAACGAAAACGAAAAAAACGGUGUCGUGUUUUGUAUCCUGUCUGUAUAAUAUUAGCUCACUUUCGUUUUGAGUUUUUCUUUGGCUUCUCAAGAUGAGAAAAGGGGUUUUAAGGUGAGGAAAAAAUAAUAAUGAUGUUCAUCCAUGUAUCCAAGACUUGAAGGUUAGAUUCUUCUCAACUAGCCACAAUUUAAACAAAACAAAAAUAAGAGCAAAUCUGAUAGGUAUGUGUGAAUUAAAUACCUCAGGUGUUGGCCAUCUUAACUGGAAGGAAGAGGAAAGAGUAGCUUGAACUUGGCCCUAACUUGGAACGAUUUUACUGAGGGCCAAUUUCUGGAGCAUCACAGAAAAUGUGUGAGUUCCGCAUGCGUGCGUUAAAAUUCAGUCACUGCUCGUCCCACCACAUUUGCCACCUAGAUCUGUCGUUCUUCUCUACCUGUGGCCCAUAAGGACACAAGACCUAUAUUUCCCCCCCAGAGCGUGCUAGUGCUUCCUAAGAUCUACUCGGAAGUUGAGCAGUUGGGAAUAUCGGUUGGUCUUUCUCUUAGGAUUCUUGGUGGUGUUUGAGAAGGUCAAGUCCAUCUCACGAUCUCUUGUGUUGUCAGCUUGAGCCGAGAGAGGAAGGUUCAGAAGAUGGUGUGGGGUGCGGUCCGUGUAGCCGCCAAGGCCCAAGAGAAGGUUGAGUGAUAGGUCUGGUCCAUCGUUCAGUUUUGACUGUGGAUUGGAGGCCACUGGGGGCAGAAGGCUUUGGGGUAUGCCUGCUUUGAUGCCCAUUUGACCAACUGUGUCCAUUUCUUCUUUGAAAGAGUGAGAUCUAGGACUUAGUACAUCGGGUCAUGUCAAAAGCUUCUUGCGGGGAAAGUUCUGGACAUUGUUCAACCGUAUCUGUGCCAAAAAUAAGUCUUUUAAAAGCCAUAGUGGUCCUUCACCUACCCUUUCUGAGCUCUUGUUUAAGAGGAGGUGCUGCUUCCCCCAUCAAUUGGGCAUCUUCUUCUGGGAAAUAUGAAGCUUAAUUAAGUGAGGAGGUCCAGUUCAGGCAUCUCUGUUGAGGGACAAUAGAGAGAUGUGGGUCGCAUCUUCCUGUUGUCUUCAAGAAUCCUGGUUUUUGGACCAUGUUGGGUUAAAAAAAGCCUUCAGCAAAAAAAAUGGAGCCUUCAGCCUUCUUCUGAUGGCCAAGUAUGUAGACAAGGACUCAGAAUAACCCAUGUAGGUCUAUGAUCCUUUUUGAGGCGUGUCCCUCAGAGAGAUGCAUCAGAACCAUGCAUGGUCACCAAAGUUCUUUAAGAGUGAGCCUCUCGGACCUGAAGGAAUUUAGACAGGCCCAGUGUUAGAUCUCUAGAUCCUAGGUGUUGUGAGCAUGUCACGGUGAUGCACCUUUGAGAUCCUUGGAGAACUGAUAGCUGGACCCAGCUCCUCCAUGUAACAAGACAGAGCGUUGGGCCUUCUGGUCCGCUGCUCAGUGGAAGGGCAUAUGAGAACGUUACCACCAGCCAUUGGUGAGAGGAGGACUAAGUGCUUUGAUUCAAUCUAUGGCAGAUGCUCCUGCUUGUAGCUUAAGGAGUUCUUGUUGAGAGGUGGCUCCCUGUGCCCCAAGGAAGAGGUGCUAAGAAACUGAUGGGACUUCUCUCCCCCAUCAGCUAAAGUGUAGUGGUGGGAGACCACCUCAUCCUUGUUAGUUAAUCCCCAGAUUUCCCCAGUAGACCACCUGCCAACCUCAAGAGAGACAGCGGUGUGCCUGGGACCAAACAGAGACAGCUACACACCGGCACACUCCGAGGCCACCCUUAGGAUCCGGGUUAGCAGGGCCGACCUCAGGAAGCAGGGCUGAACAUUUUCUUACCUUUCAACAACGCAACAACAACCACAGCCACCAGUGGCAGCUGCUGGACUAGCAUCAGGCUAGUUCUUGGUGCUUCGUGUCUUCAACAACCACACUUUUGUCUCUAUGCAAGGUGGAUGCUCCUCUUGUUUUCACCAUUCCCUCUCUGACACCAGGGUCCAUCUCUCAGGCCUCCCCCAUCUAGCUGCGGUUGGACCUGCCCACCCCCCACUCCCCACACCUGUAUCAACUCAGCUUUUCAAGGGAGGUUGGGUGGGGGUUCUGGGAAUUGUCAUCCCUCCCAGCUUCUGAUUCCCAGGAACAUUGACCUUGGGGUCAAGAAUUUGGACUUGUUUUUAGUCUCUGCCCCUACUUCAAUCGACCGUGUUGAAGUCUUCUUUAGCAGGGUUGCUGAUAUUGUGGUUUGCAUCCUUCAUGACCCAUGCUUUGCCCCCAAAGCAAGCAAGCCCACUAGAAACCCAGAAUCCUGGUUUAUUACAAGGAAUCCCAACACGCAGCCUAAACUCUGCAGGCAACGCAGAGGCCAAGCUUCACCUUCUGAAUUUCUGCCUAUCCGUGACUAGGAAAGGCACUGGAGCCUUGGUGGGUUUGGCGCUGUGAUCCAUUGGCAACCAGCAGUUAUUCUAUUCUCCACUCCUCCGUCUGCAAACCUGGGGAAUUGUUUGUCCCUUUGAUUCUGUCCCUCUCCAGUUUUAUUAUUUUUUUUUGAGAGGUGUGGCAAAUUCUACCAACUCCGAACUGCUGUUUUCAAACCGGGUUUUUUUUGCUUUAAACCACAAUGGUUAAUACAGCAUUCUUCUUUUAUGUAUACAUAUAUAAUAUAUGUAUAUGGAAUAUAUAUAAAUAUAAUUUUUUAAAGCUGUUAAGACAUGACUAAGCGUCUUUCAAAGAUCUCCACUGGACCGCACUAAAAAAAAAUGUGGUUGUUUUUUUUUUGGGAAAUUUCACGGGGGUUUCAACGGAGGGGUGGGGGAGGUGUCAGCCCGAUGACGAUUAUUUUUAAAAAAAACUUUUAUUUUGAAUUUUGGUUGUACUAUAGCUGGGUUUUUUUUUAAUUUACUGGUUUGUUCUUUCUGUUCUGCAGAUAUUACAACGGAAACGAUUCUAAAUGUAAUUCCUGUGGUUUCUAUUCCGCUUUGGUUUCAUGUUUUAAAAUAAACAACUUUUGAAAAGGC